CGCGCGCGCAUCUCAGGUGAAGAAGCCUCGCGUGCGUCUCACGUGGUACCGGUCAUUUAAAUCAUCCGGAACAAACAAAGAGAGAAAGAAACAAACAACAACAAGUAUCGUGUGCGUGUUUAUAGACGUGUAGCCGAUACGAUACAUAAAUAGGAGGAGGGAAAAAAAAAGAAAAAACAACGGCGUGGAAACAACACCGGAAGUGGGCGGGUGAGAGAGAGAGAGAGAGAGAGAGAGAGAGAGAGAAGCAGAGGCAGGCAGGCGGAUGAGACAGCGCACAGCCCGCUGCUGGAAGCGGACACACGGGCGGCUCUCUGGAAGAUCUUUCCCGGAGCUUCGCGUUGCACUUUUUCCGCAAACCAGACUGCGUGUUUCAGCUUCCUGCCCCGGUUUACUCCUGAUCUGCAUUGUAAACAGCUACGGGGUGAGCGGAGAGGGACACUCACAGCAGACAUUAAGCGUAUGUAGGAUAACCGAGAGGAGCGACUAAAGGCCGAGAACGUUAUCAGGACCUACACGAUACAAGAGGAUCUGCAGCUCCAGCUGAUGUCUUUUGUUCUUCCAGGUUUCACUGUGCUUCUAGUCAGUCGCUCCUCGUACACGGUAACACGGGACUGAGGACAAGCGAUGGCGGUGUGGAUUCAGGCCCAGCAGCUGCAGGGGGACGCCCUGCACCAGAUGCAGUCACUGUACGGCCAGCAUUUCCCCAUAGAGGUGCGACACUACCUGUCCCAGUGGAUCGAGGGCCAGCUUUGGGACGCUAUCGACUUGGAGAACCCACAGGAGGAAUUUAAAGCUAAGCGCUUGCUGGACAGUCUCAUUCAAGAACUACAGAAAAAGGCAGAACACCAAAUGGGAGAGGAUGGCUUCCUGCUCAAGAUCAAACUAGGCCACUACGCUUCACAGUUAAAGAGCACAUACGACCGAUGUCCUCUGGAGCUGGUGAGAUGCAUCAAACACAUUCUGUACACGGAGCAGAGACUCGUCAGGGAAGCUACUAACUCAAGCUCUCCGUUGAGCGGCAUGAUGGACAGCAUGUCUCAAAAAUACCAGCAGAUCAACCAGGCGUUCGAGGAGCUAAGGAUCCUGACGCAGGACACCGAGAACGACUUGCGCAAGCUUCAACACAACCAGGAGUACUUCAUUAUACAGUAUCAGGAGAGUCUCCGAAUCCAGGCUCAGCUAUCAAGUCUGGCUUCACCCCCCGCUGACAGACAGCUGCGAGAGCCGAGCCUCCUGAGCAAAAGAGCCACGGUGGAAGCCUGGCUCACACGAGAAGCAAACACCUUGCAGAAAUACAGACUGGGCCUGGCAGAAAAGCACCAGAAAACGCUGGCCUUGUUGCGGAAACAGCAGACAGUGAUACUUGACGACGAGCUGAUCCAGUGGAAGAGACGUCAGCAGCUCGCCGGCAAUGGAGGACCACAUGAAGGAGGAUUGGAUAUCCUGCAGUCGUGGUGUGAGAAGCUCGCGGAGACCAUUUGGCAAAAUCGGCAGCAGAUCCGGAGGGCGGAGCAUUUAAGGCAGCAGCUGCCAAUUCCUGGGCCUAUCGAGGAACUUCUCAAUGAUCUUAACAGCACCAUCACUGAUAUCAUCUCAGCGCUCGUCACCAGCACCUUCAUCAUAGAGAAGCAGCCACCUCAGGUGCUGAAGACGCAGACGAAGUUCGCGGCAACGGUGCGUCUGCUAGUCGGAGGAAAACUCAACGUGCACAUGAACCCUCCUCAGGUGAAAGCCACCAUAAUCAGCGAGCAGCAGGCCAAGGCGCUUCUUAAGAACGAAAACACCCGGAAUGACAGCAGUGGCGAGAUCCUGAAUAAUAACUGUGUGAUGGAGUAUCACCAGACCACAGGCACCCUGAUUGCACACUUCAGGAACAUGUCUUUAAAGAGGAUCAAGCGCUCAGACCGGCGCGGGGCAGAGUCGGUAACCGAGGAGAAGUUCACCAUCUUGUUCGAGUCACAGUUUAGUGUCGGGGGCAACGAGCUGGUUUUUCAGGUCAAGACCCUGUCUUUGCCCGUUGUGGUGAUUGUCCACGGAAGUCAGGAUAACAAUGCCACAGCCACGGUUCUAUGGGACAACGCUUUUGCUGAACCGGGCCGAGUCCCUUUCCUCGUUCCUGAUAAAGUGAUGUGGCCACAGCUAUGUGAGGCUCUCAAUAUGAAGUACAAGGCAGAGGUACAGUCGAACAGAGGCCUGUCUGAGGAGAAUUUGGUCUUCCUCGCUCAGAAGGCCUUCAGCAGCUCCAGCUCCAACCCUGAAGAUUACCGAGGCAUGACCAUGACCUGGUCCCAAUUUAACAGAGAAAGCCUUCCAGGUAGAAACUUCACAUUUUGGCAGUGGUUUGACGGCGUCAUGGAGCUCACGAAAAAGCACCUGAAACCUCACUGGAAUGAUGGGGCGAUCCUGGGCUUUGUGAAUAAGCAGCAGGCUCAGGACAUGCUGAUGUCCAAACCAAAUGGAACCUUCCUGUUACGCUUCAGUGACUCAGAGAUCGGAGGCAUCACCAUCGCCUGGGUGGCAGAGAAUCCCAAUAAAGCAGGUCCUUCACGUUUCACCGCAUCAUGUGUUCUUACAAGAGCCGAUCGUGAGCAUGUGGUUUCGGGUGAAAGAAUGGUGUGGAACCUCAUGCCCUACACAACCAAAGACUUCUCUAUUCGCUCGCUGGCUGACCGCAUAAGUGACCUGAAUCACCUGCUGUUCCUGUACCCCGAUCGACCCAAAGACGAGGUCUUCUCCAAGUACUACACCCCUCCUCUGUCGAAAGCAGUGGACGGCUACGUCAAACCGCAAAUCAAACAAGUGGUACCAGAGUUUACGGCCCCUAAUCCAGACCCAGCAGCAAAUCCAACCUACAUGGAUCACGCAGCAUCACCUGCAGUCAGUCACCCACAGAACUACGCCAUCUACCCACCAAUGAGCGACAGCAUGCUGGACGGCGAUGGCGACUUCGACCUGGACGACACCAUGGAUGUAGCGAGACACGUAGAGGAGCUGCUCCGCCGACCAAUGGAAGGCCAGUGGAGCGGCCAGCAGUCGUGACCUCGCGAACUUCCCACCUCUCUCCCUUAACAAUAGUUUAUUCGUCUCUCUUCCCCUUUUCCCUCUCCGUCAUUUCAUCCCAAAUGUGAAAAGCUCAGUGAUGGCUGUGGUUUGCUUUCGACUUUUAUUUCGGUCUCUUUUUUUCCUCUCUCUUUUUAAUUAUUAUUUCUAUUCUUUCCUCUCUUCCAUCUCCUCACACGUGACACGUGGAUGCGCGUUUGCAAGAGGACAGAAAGAAAAAAAAAAUACUACUAGCUUUCUCUUCAGCUCAAUGCUACCAAAGAGUAUUGUGAAAAUGUUGUUACACGUGUAUUUUUUUUUUAUCAUAUUAUUUGAAUUAAGAUCGUCUUUCAACAUCAGAAAGCCCAACAUAGAACUUUACUACUGUAAACAAAAAAAAAAUAUAUAUAUAUAUAUAUAUAUAUAUAUAUAUAUAUAUAUAUAUAUAUAUAUAUAUACAUAUAUAUAUAUAUACUGUGUUCAGAUUUAUAUUUUAGGGUUUUUUUUCCUCCUCAAUAGUUGUUGCACUCUGGAACAAACGCAUUUUAUUUUUGGUCUUGAGCGGGGUUAGGGUUGGGGGGGUGAAAUCACUGUUACUUUGGCGACAUGAGAUCACUGUUGUAAUGUACAUUCGAUACACUAAAAAAAAAGCGUAAUUCAGUUGUGUAGAAGCCAUUUAUAGUCGGUAUGUGUACAAAUGUUCCUGAGCAGACUGGACGUGCUUUUUCAAUGCCUGAAUGUUUUAGACAUACAGUACGCGUGCACACACACACACACGUGCAUGCACACACACUUGCUCGCACAUCAUUAAUCAUACAUGGGUGAGAAGAAGUAUCUGAGAACUCCGGGUAUUUUAUGACCCUGAGAAACACACACACACAAACGUGCACACGUUUGCACGGUGUCGAGCCUCUCUCUCUCUCUCUCUCUCUCUCUCUCUCUCUUCUGUUUCUCCAGCUGAAUAAGUGUGUGCUGAUGUAUUAGUGCGCCGGACAAACACUGUUAUAAUGCACGCUGUACUCAAGAGUUCGCAAGUGAACCACUGCACUUGUCAUGGUGACCUAAGCUGCUCUAAUCCUGUGUCCAGUUACCAGUAAAUAUAUAUAUAUAUAUAUAUAUAUAUAUA